GCUGGACGGGCAGCUCUCGCAGAGUCCAGGGGACGGUUGCUGAGCGGGCCUGGGCUCCCAGGUCGCGGCGCCUCCCGCCUGACCGUCUCUAAUCUGCAACUGUCGCGCCCGGAGCGAACUGACCCGAGCCCGCGCCGGACGGGCGGGCUGGACUGAGAGGGCCCCCUGAGCUGGUGUCAGGUGCCGCGGGCACUGAGGAUCUUACCGGGAGGAGGCGGACGGAGCUAGGGGCCAGUGAAAUGGCGGACGAAGCCUUAGCUGGGCUGGACGAGGGAGCCCUUCGGAAGCUGCUGGAGGUCACGGCAGAUCUGGCGGAGCGGCGCCGCAUCCGUUCGGCCAUCCGAGAGCUGCAGCGGCAGGAGCUGGAGCGCGAGGAGGAGGCCCUGGCAUCCAAGCGCUUCCGUGCCGAGCGGCAGGACAACAAGGAGAACUGGCUGCACUCCGAGCAGCGGGAAGCUGAGCAGCGGGCCGCCCUGGCACGGCUGGCGGGACAGCUGGAGUCCAUGAAUGACGUGGAGGAACUGACCACGCUGCUGCGAGGUGCUGCGGAAUACGAGGAACGCAAGUUGAUCCGAGCUGCCAUCCGCCGCGUCCGGGCUCAGGAGAUCGAGGCUGCCACCGUGGCCGGGAGGUUGUGCAGCGGGCGUCCCAACAGCGGCUCGCGAGACGACGGCCAGGGACGGGCGGCAGCACACAGGCUCGAACGGCGUGAGGUGCCGGAGCGAAAGGAACAGGAGCAGCAAGCAGAGGUCCUAGAGCCAACCCCAACCCCCCCUGAGGUCAUCAGCCAGGAUGUGACCUCAGUGACACUCCUGCUGAGGGCCCCUGCCGGAGGCACACCCAGCUCAGCUGCCUCACCGGACAGCUCCCCCCCGACCGCCUCUCCCGAGCCUCCCCUGGAGCCUGCUGGGCCGCAGUGCCCCGCUGCUGAAGCUCCAGGCAGCCCUGAGCCACCCGCCAGCCCCCCCAGGGCCACCGCCAGCCCUGAGCCCCAGGAGCCACCAGCCUCUUCCGGCACCGAGAGGCAGGUGACCAACAAGCUCCUGCCUGGUCCCACAGAGCCCCCUGCUGCCCAGGGCCCUGCCAGAGGCCCCUCCGACACAAAGAGAUCAGACCCAGCCGGACCCCGACCCUGCCAACGCUCCCUGUCCGUGCUCAGCCCCCGCCAGCCAGCCCAGAACCGAGAGCCCACCCCCCUUGCCACCGGACCUUCCCCGUUCCAGCGGGCUGGCUCUGUGCGGGACCGCGUCCGCAAGUUCACAUCCGAUUCUCCCGCGACUGCCAGGCUCCAGGACGGCCCACCCCAGGCUGCCCUUGGUCCCCAGACCCCUGCGAAGCUCCUGGGCCCCUCCCUCAUCAGCACCACCCCUGCCUCCUCCUCCAGCGGCUCCUCCUCUCGGAGCCCCGGUGGCAACACCUCCUCCCGGUUCAGCAAGGAGCCACGAGGCAUAGCUCGGCCCCUGGCCCAGCUUCAAAGCUGCCCCCGAGAGGAGGGCCCUCAGGGGCGGGGCUUGGCUGCCAGGUCCCUUGAAAACAGAGCAGGGGGGCCCGGGGCCUGCUCAGAGGAGCCCAGUGCCCCGCAGCCCGUGGCUGUCGGCACUGCUGCCGAGCCCGGGGGCAGUAUGAAGACCACAUUCACCAUCGAGAUCAAGGAUGGCCGUGGCCAGGCCUCCACGGGCCGGGUCCUGCUGCCCACGGGCAACCAGAGGGCAGAACUGACGCUGGGGCUGCGGGCGCCCCCCACGCUCCUCAGCACCAGCAGUGGGGGCAAGAGCACCAUCACCCACGUCAGCAGCCCCGGGACCCUGACCCGGCUGGGCAGUGUCACUCAUGUCACCAGCCUCAGCCAUGCCUCCCCCGGUAACCGAGGAGGCUACAGCUUCAAGGCCGCUGAGGAUGCCGGGACCCCCGUGGCCCACCCGCCUGCCUUCAGCACCCGCCGCCGCUCCUCCAGCGGCCCCGCCCGCAGCAGCAGUCUCAUGGAGCCAGAGCCAGCGGAGCCCCCCUCCGUGGCCGUGGAAGCAGCCAAUGGCACAGAGCAGACCCGGAUGGACAAAGCACCAGAGGGGCGGACCCCACUGAGCGCCAAGGAGCUGAUGGCUAUCGAGGAUGAAGCAGUCCUGGACAAGAUGCUGGAUCAGACCACGGACUUUGAGGAGCGGAAGCUCAUCCGAGCCGCGCUACGUGAGCUCCGACAAAGGAAAAGAGACCAGCGGGACAAGGAGCGGGAGCAGCGGCUGCAGGAGGCACGGGCCCGGCCAGGGGAGGGCCGAGGCAACACGGCCACUGAGACCACCACACGGCACAGCCAGCGGGCAGCCGAUGGCUCGGCCGUCAGCACCGUCACCAAGACUGAGCGGCUCGUCCACUCCAAUGACGGCACUCGGACGGCCCGCACCACCACGGUGGAGUCGAGUUUCAUGAGGCGCUCGGAGAAUGGCGGUGGCAGCACCAUGGUGCAAACCAAGACCUUCUCUUCGUCCUCCUCCAAGAAGAUGGGCAGCAUCUUCGACCGCGAGGACCAGAGCAGCCCGCGGCCCGGCAGCCUGGCGGCGCUCGAGAAACGCCAGGCGGAGAAGAAAAAAGAGCUGAUGAAGGCGCAGAGCCUGCCCAAGACCUCGGCGUCCCAGGCGCGCAAAGCCAUGAUAGAGAAGCUGGAGAAAGAGGGCGCCGCGGGCAGCCCGGGCGCGCCCCGCGCAGCCGUGCAGCGCUCCACCAGCUUCGGGGUCCCCAACGCCAACAGCAUCAAGCAAAUGUUGCUGGAUUGGUGUCGCGCCAAGACACGUGGCUACGAGCACGUGGACAUCCAGAACUUCUCCUCGAGCUGGAGCGACGGCAUGGCCUUCUGUGCCCUGGUGCACAACUUCUUCCCAGAGGCCUUCGACUACGCGCAGCUCAGCCCCCAGAACCGGCGCCAGAACUUCGAGGUGGCCUUCUCGUCCGCUGAGACCCAUGCGGACUGCCCGCAGCUCCUGGAUACAGAGGACAUGGUGCGGCUUCGAGAGCCCGACUGGAAGUGCGUGUACACGUACAUCCAGGAGUUCUACCGCUGUCUGGUCCAGAAGGGACUGGUAAAAACCAAAAAGUCCUAACCCCCGCUCGGGGCCCCACGGAUGCUGGUGGACUGCGUGCCCCUGGUCGAGGUCGAGGACAUGAUGAUCAUGGGCAAGAAGCCCGACCCCAAGUGCGUCUUCACCUACGUGCAGUCGCUCUACAACCACCUGCGGCGCCACGAGCUGCGCCUGCGCGGCAAGAACGUCU